AUGGAUUCCGAGUUGAAAACAGCAGACAAAAAGACCGCAAUCGUUGAUAUCGAGAGUGGCAUUGACAUUCAUUCCAAUGAGGCCAGCUCAGUCAUCUAUGUUGAUCCGGAGAAAGAGGCAGCCGCUCGAAGAAAAUUCGACAAAUACCUUGUCCCGACUUCCCUUGUCUUCAUCAUCCUAUCUGCUCUAGACAGAAACAAUAUCGGAAAUGCUGUUGUCUUCGGGUUCUCGACAGACCUAGGCCUUGCGGGCAACCAGUUCAAUACUAUCCAAACUCUUUCAAGCUUUUGCAGUUUUGCUGGCGAGAUCCCAUGGACCCUGGCUGUUAGACGCUUCGGUGCUAGGAAGGCACUCGGUACUGCAUUCGUCCUGUGGAGUAUUUGCACCCUCGGGACUGCCUUUAUCCACACAUACGGUCAAGCCAUCGCCGUCCGUAUGAUUCUUUGCGCCUGUGAAAGUGGAUUAUCUCCCGGUUUUGCCUUUGUGUACUCAACAAUAUACCCUCAGGAACAAGCGGGAAAGCGUAUUAUGACUACAAACCUUGCUCAAUGCAUUUCUGGAGCUUUUGGUGGUCUCUUUGCUUACGCAAUUCAAACUAUGGGAACUAGAAGAGGCCUUGCAGCUUGGAGAUGGCUGUUCAUCAUUGAGUUUUGCGUAACCAUUCUCGUUGGUGGAAUUGGCUGGAUCUUCAUCCCCGAUUCGGCCGAAACGGCAUGGUAUCUUAACGAAGAAGAGAAGAAGACAAUGCGUCUGAAGAGAAAGCGAGACUACGUUCUUCGAGGAGAGCACAAGUUUGAUUGGAAGUGGGCUAGGGAAUCGCUGAUGGAUCCCUUUGUGUACCUUCUAGGCACCGCUUUCUUCACUUCAUCGGUCGCAAUUAACGGAUUCGGGGUCUUUCUACCCUCUAUCAUUAAGGGUCUUGGAUUCACCUCGCUUCAAGCCAACUACCUUACCAUUCCGGUUUAUGUGCUGGGUGCUAUCUCUCUGUUGACCCAGGUCUAUUUUUCUGAUAAGCUCAAGAGACGGAGCAUAUUUAUCAUCGGCUGCUGUGUUCCGGUUGCAGUCGGCUACUUGAUUUGUGUCGGAACAUCAGUUCCCGGUGCUGGUUACGCUGGAAUGUUUAUCCUCGUCAUAGGCCUUUAUCCAAUUUCUACGCUCGCUGUGACCUGGGCAACUAAUACGUUUUCGCCGGAUUCCAAGCGUGCGAUCGCCAUGCCACUAGUAUAUACAAUGGCUGAUAUCUCUUCUAUGGUAUCAUCGCAAUUGUACCCAAGCACGCAGGCGCCUCGAUAUGUGCAGGGUAAUGCGGUCUCUGCUGGUUUGACGUGCAUCGCUGGGUUUCUAUACAUCGCGAGUUGGUAUCUGCUUCGGUGCAGAAACAUGAGGAAGGAGAAACUCCUUGCUGAAGGUGCAACUUCGAAUGACAUGGAGGGAGAUAGAGGUCUCAAUUCCAUGUACAUUUUGUAG